GGACGCCGGCUGAGCAAUGUCCCGGCUGCUGCGUUCCCUCUGGGGCCGCGGCCUCCUGCGGGCCGGGGGACGACGCGGCCAGGUGUGCUCCGCGCGCCCGGUCCCGGAGCCGGCGGGGCGCCAGACCCCUGAGGUGGCGGUGCCGCGGGCCCGGGUCGCGCCGCAGGACCGGGGCCCGGGCCUGCUGCCACUCCUGGCAGCGCUGGCGUGGUUCUCGGAGACCGAGGAGCGGCAGGGCGUGGCCUCGGGGGCGGCGGCGGACGAGACGGAGGCAGAGAUCAUCCGGCUGCUGAAGCGCGCCAAGUUGAGCAUCAUGAAAGAUGAACCAGAAGAAGCUGAGCUAAUUUUGCAUGACGCUCUUCGUCUUGCGUAUCAGAGUGAUAACAAGAAGGCCAUCACAUACACUUAUGAUUUGAUGGCCAACUUAGCAUUUAUGCGGGGUCAACUUGAAAAUGCAGAAAAACUUUUCAAAGCAACAAUGAGUUAUCUGCUUGGAGGAGGCAUGCAUCAGGAAGACAAUGCAAUAAUUGAAAUCUCUCUAAAGCUGGCCAGUAUAUAUGCUGCUCAGAACAGACAGGAAUUUGCCCAUGCUGGCUAUGAAUUCUGCAUUUCAACUCUAGAGGGAAAAAUGGAAAGAGAAAAGGAAGUUGCAGAAGACAUUUUGUCAGUGGAAGAGAAAAUCAAUACGCACCUUCUCCUUGGCAUGUGCUUAGAUGCCUAUGCUCGGUACCUUCUGCUGUCCAAGCAGCCCUCACAGGCACAGAAGAUGUAUGAAAAAGCUUUGCAGAUUUCUGAAGACAUACUAGGAGAAAAACACCCACAGACCAUCGUGCUGUUGAAUGACCUGGCUACCACUCUGGAUGCACAAGGCCGCUUUGAUGAAGCCUGUAUUUAUGUGCAAAAGGCCUCUGAUUUGGCAAGACAAAUAGAAUAUCCUGAGCUACACAUGGUGCUCAGUAAUCUGGCUGCAAUUCUGAUGCACAGAGAACGAUAUGCACAAGCAAAAGAAAUCUACCAGGAAGCACUGAAGCAAGCAGAGCUGAAAAGAGAUAAUGCUUUCAUAAAGCACAUCAGGGAAGAGCUGGCUGAACUGUCCAAAAAAAGUACUUCUACCUAAUUUUGUUAAAUUGUAAAUCUCUUAUUUAUUGUAAUGAAUUUCAAGUGACUGCUAUUAUUCUAGUCUCAGUGGCAUCAAAAAUCAAUGGUUUUAAUAUUUUGUCCUUGACAUUCAAGUUUCCUUAACUUAAUCACACUGCCUCAAUGUGUGUAAGUGCACAGAUGGAUGUUAUUACCUCAGCAGUUUAUAGAGUCAUUUGUCUAGGGGAAAGACAUUGUUUUAGAUAUUAGAACAGAACAUAACGAUAUGCCCUUUGGGAGUGGAGGUAUAAACAGGAAUGAUAAAUUCUGGUUUCUGUGGUUAGCCUUGGUGAAGAUAGAAGUUUUAUAUAGUACCACUUCUCUUUUAAUAGAAAAAAUGUUCACCUCCAAUUGAUUGUGAUGUCUGUGGAAAGGUAUCAAGUGAUGCUUUCAAUUGUAACAUGGUUAGAAGCUGGUAGAAGGUAAUUACAGAUGACAGAGAGUCAGUUUGGCUCUAGAGUGGAAAUGUGGUAAUUCAGCCAAGUAGCUCUUAUACCUUGAGAUUUUGGUCCAUUGAUUUGCUGCCCUCUCUUCUUAUAUUUUCAAUAUCUGGCAGACCAGAUCUUGUAUCUCAUAGCAAAGGGAUUAUGGUGAGUUAUUUUUAUAUAAUUUUUUUAUGAAGCCCAAUGUGGGAUUUAAUGUAUAAAGGAGAAAAAAUGAUACAACUAGCAUCCAGCAUUUGGUUUAAAAGUGGAAAUUAGAUACGUAAAAAUGUAGCACCCAUUUGAUAUAAAUAAAAGUGAACUCUUCUUGAAUAUACCUGUCUAUCCACAGCUUUGAAAAGGAGGAGGUUACGAUGUAAUCUCUGUUGUCAGAACUAUUUGAGCAGUUUCCUUUGCACUGUAGGUCAUAUAUCAGAGCCAUCAAAGGAGCUUUGGAAAGAGAUACAUAAAGAUGCAGCCUGGCCUAUACCUUUAACGUUCUGAUUUAGGGUCAGACCCUACAAGUGCAGUAUUUUAAUGCUUUCUUUAGCAAAUUCUGAUAUGUACCACUGGUAUAGUAGAAGAAUCAUAGACCUGGAUCCUAAGUUCUGUGUUGCUGAAUUUGGGUCUUUGGCACCUUAUCUGUUAAACAGGUAACAGUGAAAUUUUCUAUUAGCCGUGGGAGAAGAUACUUAAGAGAUCCUUAAAUGAUUAGACUACAUUGUAAGAGACUGUAUAAAUACAAGAUAUAGAUGGGUGUUCUUGUUCAAGGCAAGCAGAGUCACUUGCCUUGGGGAAAGGAAGUUUUCCCAUAACCAUGAAUUUAUUUGAUCAAAUAUAAAUGUUGUUAUUGAUAUGCCUUUGCGGUGGAAGUAUAAAUGUAGAUACUUUAUGGUCCCGAUGUACAUACUGGAGGAAUUCUUUAAUAAACAAGUCUAUCUGACAACACUGUA